GGGAAUGCAAGUGCUUUUUUUUUUUUUUUUUUUGUUAUGUUAUCUCUUUUUUGUGUGUGUGGUUGGCGACUCUUAGGCUCAGCCUUUUGCAAAUUUGCCUCUCGUCUUAUUUCCUCUUCUUUUCCUUUGCUUUGGGCCACUAGUCUUUCGCUUGAGGGAGAGAUGGAGAAAAACUGAGAAUUUGAGAAUAACGAAACUUGUUAUCGUUGAAGAAACUCAAUUACAGUUUCGGUUUCUUCCUGAAUAUGGCAGCAAUAGCAGGAGGAUCAUUUGGAGUCCCAAGCUCUCGUAUCUCUAUAGCCACUCCAACUCUCUCUUCCUCUUCUUUGCUUCCACCACUAACAUUGCAAUCAGUUACUAGAAAGGAUAACCUUUUGCGGUGUGCCGUGCAAGAGUCUUCCACUUCUGCUGUCACUACUGAGAAGAAAGAUAAAGAAGACAAAAAUGAGUCAACAGUGGCGGUUCCGGCAAAGAAACCUAAACCCGCAGCUGCGGUGGCGAAACCGCUGAGACAAAUGAUGGAAGAAGACGUGAUUCCUCCGUUAAAAGCCAUUCUUGAAUCUCAAGACGAUAUCUCUGAGAUCGAUUUAUCUUACCAAGACGAUAAGUUGGAAGGUUUUUUCUUGAAGAAAAGUAUUCCAUAUUCCUUUUGGGCCUUCUUCCCUACUGGAAACCUUACAGGAGCAAAAGGAUUUUCAAUAUCCUCACACGGGUCAGGUCCGAGCACCGUGGAGCCGUUUCUCGUUGACGAGAGGAAACCAACCGCAAACCACGUUGUGUUUUGGGUCGAGAAGCGCCUCGCUGCGCAAGGGAUCAUUCCCGUUUGGAACCAAUGAUGUUUUUAUUCACUUGUAAUUAUUACAUUUGUAUACCAACUAAAAAUUGAAGAAAACAUAAAAAUCCUUGUCUCAAAAAUGGAUUAAGAAACACAUGGCCCUCU